AUGCGUGAAAGAUUCGACAAGAUGUCACUAUCGUCACCGCGUAAAGCACCAUCGGAUUCGUUCACGAAUGAAUCGGACAUCGAAUCGGAAGCGCGACGUGGAGGCAACUCGAACCGUUCCCGUUCGGGCAAUGAAAGCUUCAGCUCACCGCGGAAGCCAAACUCCGAUUCUAUGACCAAUGACUCCGAUGCCGAUUUUGAGCGUCGUCGGCAGGCUAAAUUAAGAGCGGCCCAGAACAAUCUAUCCGUUCCGAAGCGUGUGACCUCAGACUCUCUGACGAACGAAUCGGAACCGGAUCAGGAUCAACGACGACAGCAAAAAUCCAAACCAGCACCACAGUCGGUACCAGUACCUUCCAAGAAGGUCACAAGCUCGGAUUCGGAUGGACGUGACAAGCAGCGUAGAAAGAGCGAAACCAAGUUGGCCGUAACCAAGACUACCCCGGUAGCCAAGAAGUCCGGUUCCCAGACUCCCGAUACGGACGGUGAUCAGAAACGACGGUUCGCCGGAAAGCAGCAACGUUUGCGUAAACACUCGAGCACAGAGUUUGUGGCUAACGACGAGGACGAGGAAUCGAAACCGUCAGGGCGCCAGGAGACCAAGAAGGCGGAGAUCGUUUCCUCAACCGAGCAAGUCGUUAAUGGGCUGUUGGAAUUCCGUACUAUCUCACCAUCGAAGUCGGAGGCAUCGGACGAGCAGAAGCAUCUGAAAACGAUCGAGAUCAAGAACAUCAUUAAUGAUAGUAAAUCCGAUCCGGAUCUGGGUCGCUCGGUACUGGAAGACUCACCACCACCGGCUGCUCCCGUAGCACCCGAUUGUGAGUGGGAAUGCGAGUUCUGUACGUACGUCAAUGAGCCGGGCGUAAAGAUCUGCGCCAUCUGCUGCAAAACGGCCUCGAUCAGUGUGGUCAACAGUGGCCGCGUGGAUGGCACCACCGAAACCGAAGCACUGCAAUCACGCUCACCACCACCACCCGAUGUCGUACAGGAGCUGAUACCACAGAUCACGGAAGGGAAGCUUCAGAUCGUGCCACCACAGAAGGGCGCCAAUGCCGGUAAGCAGCUGGUGGGCGAUGUGAAGAAGAAAGACGGUGACUUGGACGACGAGCAAAUCGAGAUGGACGUGCGGGCUAGCGUAGAAGGGGUUGCAAAUCUUAGUUCUAAACAGGCGAACGAUGAAGCGACCGACAUCAGACACAAUCUUGCCAGCGAGAUCGUUCCGAUUGAGAAGCAGGUAGUGAAGGAGAAGGUGUCCACUGGAUGCGGUCCAUCACCACCGAGGGAGAUCAUCGAACGGACCACCGGCGCUGAUGUGGCCAGCGAAGUUGCGAGAUUACAAGCAUCGAUCGGUACAUCGCCACCUCCCCAGGAUAUGUCGACACAGACGUACGACACAUUCGAACAGGUUCGUAAUGAAGCAGCGAAGCUAGAACAAACUACCGAUCAGCCGCAGGAACGUGCACGCCAGGAGGAAACACUAACCUCGACCCUCUACAAGCGUUCCCAUUCGCUUGCCACACCACAGACGCUGCAAGUGGAUCGCCCUGCCAGCCGCAACAGCAUAUCGAGCGAUACGCAGAGUCUUCCACCAUCACCACAUGAACUGAGCCCUCAGCCUGGGUUGCAGAGUUCAGCUCGUCAUCAACAGGCGUAUCAACCGACUAACGCACUGAAUCAACCGUCUCAUCCGAACCAAUCAUCUUCAUUGCAUUCACAACAAGGACCACCAUCCGAUGACACGAUGUCCUAUCUGGACCGUGCGAUCCAUCAGAUCCUACAGACGGCUGCAAGCCAAACACUGGGAACAGGCACGGGCGGACGUGGAGCCGCCCCUAAGGAUGGGGAGGAGCAGAAUAUGUACCGAACCUUCAAUGAUCUCCGUCGGAUCGAUAAGAUCGGUUCAUCUGCGAAGGUUCCACAUAGUACCACCUCCAAGAAGUCAAUGCCUAGUAGCAAAACGAUGGAUGAUCAGCUGGAUGGAGAUGAAACUGUGCAACGGGAGGAGCCAACGUCGAUCAAGGAGGAACCUUCCGAGAUGACGCUCCUUUUGCGGGAAGCAGAACGAUAUCAGUUCACGGCCGAGGAGUUGCAAGCAGCGAUGAACCAUUGUGGCGAAAAGCACCCGGUACAGUGGCUGCGAGACAAUUGGAACAAGCUAAUCGAAACCGUGCAAACGUUAGCGACAAAGUACGGACACGAGAAGCGUGAGAAUACGAUCGGCACUAUUUCGAUCGCCGAAGCACGGGACGCGCUAAAACUGCACAAGGGCAACAUCUGGCGUGCCAUUACGGAGUGUAUUGAACAGCGGCAGCGCAAGUACCGUGAGAUCGCGUCAAAGGGUAACUUCACGCGCGAGGACAUCGUAACGAGCCUGACGGCGCAUCACGGUAACCUCGAGCUGGCCCUGGUCGAGCUGAGCAAAACCCAGCUCAAACCGUUCCUGAUGCGUAUCUGGGGACCACCGAAUGGGGCCGACAAUGACAGCAGUAACCUGCUUCUGC